AUGACAGGAACAAAAUUCGUAUUGACAAGUCUUAGCUUCACGGAAAUUAUCCUCGCAGCCAGCGAUGCCAUUGCAACAGACAACCGAAGUCAACAAGAUAAAAUCAAGCUCGCUCAAGUCGGUCGAUGGGUGCCCUUCAUCUUCCAUCAUGCUAAAAAUAAGUCAUACAGUACAUGGGAGAGUCCCGCUGAUGACUUCAUUACGACAGCUUGCUCAAUAAAUCAAACCGAUAGUACGACGUUGAUCGAACAUAUCAAGGCCACAUCUGAGGCUGCUAAAAUCCUUUCAACAACACGCCAUUCUGAACUGACCAAACAGCAAUGUAACAUUUUAAAUCAGGAUUGGCUUCAAUACCCGCAAUUACGGUAUUAUGGUUCGCAGUUAUUAGCUGGAUCGAUACUGGUUCAAGAUCAAGCUGCUAUCUUGCUCAAUACUAUUGAACCAUAUUCUCGAGAUUCACUCCUUGAUGCACAUUAUGAACGAAGAUCUAGCGGAUCAGCAUCUUCCUUCCCUUCAGUCCCCAGUCAAUAUGAAAAUUUGUCAAUACUCUUACUUUCCACAGCAGGUGGCGAAAAGCUUGUCAUUGGCACGCGCUUGCAAUUUCCUCAUUACGUCAAGCAUUCGCCUCGACAAACAAUCGGGAGGUGGGGAGGCAUGGACCAAGCGGCUAUACACAUAAAUUACAGGUCAUCCAAGAUGUGA